ACAUGGCGGACGCAAGUCAAUACAGUUACUCAACAUCAGCAGGGCAGCCAGCCAGCUACUCCUACGGGAGUUAUGGCACAUCAACAGAUGCCAGUUCUUACCAACAACAACCACCUGCUGCAGCAACUUAUGGACAACAGCAACCUGCAGCCUAUGGUCAACAAGGAUAUGCCGGCUAUGAUCAGAGUGCCUAUUCACAGACCCCACAAUCUGCAGCCACAACUCAACCUGCUUCAUAUACUGCACCAGAAAGCUAUGGUCAGAGUUCAACAGGACAAGCUCCAGCUUAUGGAUCAUACGGACAACAGAGCUACACACAGCCUGCCAGCACAGACUACAGUCAGUCUCAAACAACACCUUCUUACUCAUCAGGUUCAUAUGGAGAUCAACAGAGUUACGGUUCAUCUUCCUACGGUGACAGCUCACAACAGUCUUAUGGUCAGCAGUCAGGUUACCAGCAACAGCAGCAGCCACCAGCAACAAGUCCAACUGCUUCCUAUGGCCAGCAGGGCUAUGGAGGUAGCCAGCAGUCAUCGGGGGGUUAUAACUCUGGCAGCAGUGGCGGGGCUGGUGGGUCAAGUUAUGGUGGGGGAUCAAGCUAUGGAGGGGGGUCACAGUCAGGCUAUGGAGGUGGUGGCGGAGGCAGCGGCGGUGGUUCCUAUGGUGGCCACGGAGGCAGCUCAUAUGGAUCAGGCAGGGGCGGUGGCAGCUCAUAUGAUGACAGACGCAACAACAGAGGCGGAGGUGGUGGAUCAAGCUAUGGCGGAGGUCGCGGAGGGUACAACAAAAGUUAUGGUGGUGGAAGGGAUGAUGACAGUGGCAGUGGACGUCCAGAGAUGGAGCAAAUGAUGGACACCAUCUUUGUGUCAGGAUUUGGAGAGGAGGCAGAUGAAGAGGCUCUUGUUAAUCACUUUGGAAGCAUUGGUGUCAUCAAGACUGAUCGUAGGACUGGCAAGCCUAAGGUAUGGAUCUACAAGGACAAAAUUUCAGGGAGACCUAAGGGUGAGGCAACCAUUACCUACGAUGAUGCAGAGUCUGCCAAGGCAGCCAUCAACUGGUUCAAUGAAAAAGACUUCAACGGAAAGACAAUCAAGGUUGAGAUUGCGGAGAGGAAAAUCAACCCCAUGGGGAUGAGAGGAGGCCGUGGAGGUCGAGGUGGUUUCCGUGGCGACCGCGGUGGUGGUGACCGUGGUAGAGGAGGAUAUGGCGGUGGCCGUGGAGGCGGUGGUGGAGGUGGUUCAGAGAGGUCUGGAGACUGGGUAUGUGAGGAAGACGGUUGCAGCAACAAGAACUUUGCUUGGAGAAACUCGUGUAAUCUGUGUAGUAGUCCUCGACCAGAUGGUGGAGAUGACGAUGGAGGAUUCCGUGGACGUGGGCGUGGAGGUUUUGACAGAGGAGGUCGUGGAGGAUUUGACAGAGGACGAGGUGGCCCCAGAGGUGGUGGCCGUGGGGGAUUUGGGGGUGAUAGAGGUGGUCGUGGAGGAUUUGGAGACCGCGGAGGAAGAGGUGGAUUUGGUGACAGAGGCCGAGGUGGGCCAAGGGGUGGACGUGGUGGAUUUGGUGACAGAGGACGUGGAGGAUUUGGUGACCGAGGGGGAAAAGACAGAAUGGACCGUGGAGACAGAAGACCAAAACCAUACUAGAGGGAGGAAAUAUGGAGAGAUGUGACUAUGUUUGUUACUGUGACAGGAGCUGUGUAACCCAAGCUAUAGACAUUGUACAAAUCACACAACAUUACAGCAUUGUCAGUAAAGUUUGCCCUAGUAACUGUUUCAUGUCUGUUUUGAAAUAGAGGCUGUUGUCUGUAAAAUAAAGACUGUUGUCCAAAGACAGUAAUGGAACUUAGGAAGGUAUCAACAUUCACAGAAAAUAUCACUCAGUACAAGAUUGUUGUCCUUUUUAAAAGUUUUAUUGCAAUUUGUAUUGUUUGUUUACCUAAUAUUCAUCUUGAGAGAUCAGUGAUAUCAUGUGUCAUGAUUUUAGAAAAUAAACAUCAUUGUCAACCCAUAGUUAUUAA